UGUCCAUUUGUAGGAGUUACCCAGAUCAAAAUGAUCGCAUUAACGGACCUUGUUAACUCGUCUUCUUCUGGAGUACGUUUGGACCUGCUUCCUUUAGUAAAUGAUCCAUCCCUUCUUCAAUUGCUUUAAGUAGAAGCUUCGACCUCACUCACUCUCCCACAGUAACUAGCUAUUAGCUAACACUCUCUCUCACUUUCUCACUGUCCUCCACCAUGGCUUGCCUUGCAUUCUCCAUAUUCGCACUUGCUCUGCUCAACUGUGCAGCUAUCUUUACACGUGCCAACCUCCCCGGUACGUGGGAGCUCCUCGUCGCCAACGCCGGCAUCGCCUCCAUGCACACCGCCGUCACCCGCUUCAACACCGUCGUCCUCCUCGACCGCACCAACAUCGGCCCCUCCCGCAAAAUGCUCCGCAGGGGCCACUGCCGUAACGACCCCAGCGACACCUUUCUGAAGCACGACUGCUACGCUCACUCCGUCCAAUUCGACCCCCAGACCAACCAAAUCCGCCCCCUCAUGAUCCUCACCGACACGUGGUGCUCGUCCGGCCAGUUCCUCCCGGACGGCACUCUGCUCCAAACCGGCGGCGACCUUGACGGCCACAGAAAAAUCCGCAAGUUCGAACCGUGCGAGGCCGCCGGGUCGUGCGACUGGUUCGAGCUUGAUGACGUGGAGUUGACCGACGGCAGGUGGUACGCCACCAACCAGAUUCUCCCCGACGGGUCGGUGAUUAUAGUCGGAGGCAGUGCCGCCAACACGGUGGAGUAUUACCCGCCGCGAAACGGCGCCGUCGAGCUGAAGUUUCUCGCUGAUGUGAAGGAUACUCAGAUGGACAACUUGUACCCUUACCUGCAUCUCCUCCCUGACGGCCACCUCUUCAUCUUCGCCAACAACAAGGCGGUGCUGUACGAUCACCAGACCGACAAAGUCGCCAGAGAAUAUCCACCGUUGGAUGGCGGGCCGCGUAACUACCCCUCAGCCGGGUCGUCCGCAAUGCUGGCACUCGAAGGUGACUACUCCACCGCCGUCAUCGUCGUCUGCGGUGGGGCCCAGUACGGCGCGUUUAUCCAGAAGAGCACCGACACUCCCGCGCACGGCAGCUGCGGCCGGAUCGUGGCGACUUCGCCCGACCCGGUUUGGGAAAUGGAGGACAUGCCGUUCGGGCGGAUCAUGGGGGACAUGGUCAUGCUUCCUACCGGCGAGGUUUUGGUGAUCAACGGAGCUCAAGCUGGGACCCAGGGGUUUGAAAUGGCUUCAAACCCGUGUUUGUACCCGCUUCUUUACCGACCCGAGCAGCCAGUCGGGUUGCGGUUCAUGACGUUGAACCCGGGAACAGUGCCGAGAUUGUACCACUCCACCGCGAACUUGUUACCGGACGGGCGGGUGUUGAUUGCGGGAAGUAAUCCGCAUUACUUCUACAAAUUCAAGGCUGAAUUUCCCACCGAGUUGCGAAUCGAAGCGUUUUCGCCCGAGUAUUUGGGUCCGGACCGGGCCAAUCUCCGACCCGUGAUCGAGGGAGUUCCGGAAACGGUACGUUACGGCGAGCGUUUUGAGGUGCUGGUGUCGGUGCCUCUAUCUGUGGUGGGAAUUGUGGAGGUUAAUUUGGGUAGCGCACCUUUUGCCACGCAUUCGUUUUCGCAGGGUCAACGUCUGGUCAAAUUGGCCGUUACGCCUUCAGUCCCAGACGGCGGCGCCCGAUACAGAAUUAGUUGUGUGGCGCCACCGAAUGGAAUGGUGGCUCCGCCGGGCUAUUACAUGGCUUUUGCGGUCAAUCAAGGCGUGCCAAGUGUCGCUCGUUGGAUACAUUUGGUGUCAUGAGGAAUUUGUAGAUAUAUAUAUUCACUAAUUUCUUUGAAAAUUUAGAAAAGAAUUUGUGGAUAUGGAAUAUGAAAUUGAAAUGGUGGUGAUA